UCACCGUGGAGCUCUUAGAAAUACUCAAAGGGCCAGAGAAGUGGAAUUUAUCACCUCUUGCAUAAUAAUACACAGAGUCAACACGCGUAAGGUCAACAACAACAAGGGAGCAGAGGAGCGCGUGGACUGAAGCUGUCACUAAUCAGAGCCAAAUCUCUGACAGAGCUCGCCAGGGGAGCAGCCUGCUGUGUGUCUGAGCUGGAGCUCUCUCUGCGACUUCACAGCUGUUUCACGUGCGUGACAAGUUUGAAAACUUCUGCAUACGGAUACUUUUUGGAACACUUUUACGCACGUUUUACGCAGAGACUCUCGCUCGCCGUGGGGGGGGACUUUGACUCCAGGCCAUGCUGCAGUGACUCCAGGGACUCCAAAAGACCAAGUUGGAGGCGAAGAAGGAUGCUGGGAAAAUAUUUAUAACACACGGAAAGCUUUUCGUGAUUCGAGCAGAAGCGAGGACGGUAAAUCAGCGGGAGGAGAGUGGGCUGCUGAGGUGACGCGAGGACAAGACAGGUUCGAGUUUCAGCCGAGCCUCCUGGUAUUAAAGCGUGCAUUUGACCUGGGAGAAGUUGUCAACAAGAGCAGCGAGCGGAGGCAAACUGGCAGGUGGACAAGUUCAUUUACAUGCAUACGUAUAUUCACGCCACUAUAUAUAGAAGUUCUCUUAGCCUGGGCGAGCAGCCUUAAUAAGUUUGUGCACCCACCCCUCGGCCUGCAGCCCCACGCUCCCCCACUGUGUGACUGUGAGAGUCUAUAUAUACACCAUACAGGCUUUUAAUCUGUAUCCCAGAGGGCUCCCCGCCACCGUCGGUUUGGCUGUGAGGCCAGGAGUCGUCGCAUGGACUGACAUGGCUACAGACCUCGCCAUGAGCGCAGAGCUGCCUAACAGCCCUCUGGCCAUCGAGUACGUCAACGACUUUGACCUGAUGAAGUUCGAGGUGAAGAAGGAGCCUCCGGAGGCCGAGCGCUACUGCCACCGCCUCCCGUCUGGCUCCCUGUCCUCCACCCCGAUCAGCACACCCUGCUCCUCCGUGCCUUCCUCCCCUAGCUUCUGCGCCCCGAGCCCGGGCGCGCAGCCCAACCAGAGCCUGACCAACGGCGUCAACAGCAACAACAGCAGCAACAACAGCAACAACAACAAUCACAGCAACGCGGGGAAGCCCCAGCUGGAGGAUCUGUACUGGAUCCCCAGCUACCAGCACCACAUCAACCCGGAGGCGCUCAACCUGACGCCGGAGGACGCGGUGGAGGCCCUGAUCGGGAACGCGCACCACCAUCACCACCACCACCAGGCCUACGAGGGCUUCCGCGGGCAGCAGUACGUAGGAGAGGAUCUGUCCGCGACCUCGGCGGCGCACCACCACCACCAGGCCCACCACCACCACCAUCACCACCACCACGUCCGCCUGGAGGACCGCUUCUCGGACGAGCAGCUGGUCAGCAUGACGGUACGGGAGCUGAACAGGCAGCUGCGCGGCUUCAGCAAAGAGGAGGUGAUCCGCCUGAAGCAGAAGAGACGCACCCUGAAGAACCGGGGCUACGCGCAGAGCUGCCGCUUCAAACGCGUCCAGCAGAGGCACAUGCUGGAGACGGAGAAGUGCACCCUGCAGAACCAGGUGGAGCAGCUGAAGCAGGACGUGGCGCGCCUCGCCAAAGAGAGGGAUCUGUACAAGGAGAAGUACGAGAAGCUGGCCAGCAGGACCUACAGCGCAGGAGGGGCCCCAAACACGAGAGAUCCCAAACAGGCCAACACCGAGUUCUUCAUGUGAGAGCAGAGACUCUGAGCUGGAGAGCUACGGAGGACCAGUGGGGUCAGGCUGGAAAAGACUGAUAGAGGAGAGGAGGAAGGUUUUUUUUCUUCAUGCACAUCAAACAGUAAAUGUUGAGCAAACAAGAUGAGAUGAUGAAAGUUUCCUUCAAAAUUUUCCAACAAGGAAAAGUCAGAAUUCUGAGAGAAAAGUCAAGAAAAGCGUUGAAAUGUUGAGAGAAAAGGAAAAGUGGACAGUAAUGUUGCAAUAAACCUUUAUCCUUCACAUUUCAACACAUUUUUCCUGAUUUGACCUUUUUUGCUUGACAUUUAAACAUUUUUUAGCAACUUCUAUUCUCAUAAUUUUGACUGAAAAUCCUCCUCCUCUCAUGUUUUCUUUCUCAUGCCUGACUCUAGUCGUCCCCCAUACAGCCCACAUCCACAUCCGUGAUAUGUUAAUUUAUAUUUUUUGGUAUUUUGUUUACAGAUAUUCCCUUGACAGAAGACUUUUAACACAACAACACCACAGUUAAGCAUUUUAGAUGUGCACAGAAGUAAUACGGGAUGCACCAUAUUUGAUUUCUGCAGAUGUCUGACAUUGCAAUAUCUCUAAAUUUGUUUUAUACACUUUAUUUUUAUUGCAAACGGCAUAAAGGUCCCCAGGAUGAUUCUGCAAUAAAUAAUAGAUGAAUCCCUUUUCAAAUAUAGACUUUGACUAAUGCAAAACAAGGAGACAUCUUUGGGUUGCAUGCAAUAUUAUUUCACACGUUAGGAGUAAAACCAAGAUUCAUGCACUCUGCAGCCAGCUCUGCAAAUAAAAAUGUGAGCCUUGUCUAAAGGGCCCAAACCAUCAAUUUAGGAUGAAUUUAAAUAGGUUUGCAGGGUGUCACACAAAUUCUUUUAAAGCAUAAGCUGCAGUUCAGAGCAAAACUCCAGUCCUUAAAGAGAAAAAACUUCACCUGAUGCAGGCUGAUUGGAUUUAAUCUGUAAAAUAAUUCAUGUUGCAUUUGUGCACUCUGCUGAUGUUAACAGCUGUAAAUCUCAGCAGAUAUUCUGCUGAUAAUAUGGUGCAUCCCUGUCAUUAAUCCUUGUGUGCAUUUUGAGUCUUAAAGAUGUUUUUGGUUCACCUGCUUUGGGAUCAUUUUCGACUUUUCUCUGGUUGCAGCAUCAGUCUUAUCGAAGCCCUCUGACACUGAACAUGACUGUCUUAAUUCAGAGAGAACAUUUUGUCUUAAAAUGCCGGGAAAGAGUGAUUUUUAAAACUCACAUCAGAGCAGAAAAAAAAGCAAUACACCGCCUCUUUUUUUGCCUCCAGAAAGCUCAUCAGACUGUUUAUGUGAACGCGAGGCGGAUGCAGAGACUUUUUUUUUGUUUUCAAUAUGCAAGUCUAUAGUUUCCCAUCCCUAUUUGCAACCCUGCAUGCAGGACAUGUAUGGUAACCUCCAGUCAUCUCCCACACAUGUAUGGAAAGCAUGGCCCAUGGUUCUCUCCUCCUCGAUGCUUCUCCUCCCUCAUCAGUAAGGCCUGGGUAUGCAAAAAGCCACAAAUGUUUAACCCCUAACCCUCUUUGAGGUGCAAAGACUGCAGAUGAAACCUGCAAAACAAUCUGCUACUGCAUAAAAUGGAUGCGUCUUUAACUGCAAUCAAUUUUUCUAUUGUUUUAAAAAAAAAAAAAGACAAAAACAAAAAGAGAUUAACUGAGCCAGAUUUUAGACUGUAUUUAUUUCCACCUGUACAUAAUGUGUAGAGACAAACAGUUAACUGUGUUAUUUUAUUUUCUCUUUUUAAAGACAAAUGCUUUUGUUGCUUGGAUUCUUCGAAAUGUCUUAAUACAAAUGUUUGUAUGUUACAGCAUGCAAAUCGUCUAUGGUAUCCUCCUCCUACUGAACAUGUGUAAUGUCAAAGGCAAGCCUAUACUGCACUAAGAAACUGGAUUUUUGUUUUCUACUAAUAGGACCUUUGAUCGGUGAAACCCUGGAUGUAAAUUUAAUGAGGUGAGAGCCUCACUCAUGAUAUGGACUGCAUUCGCUGCUAAAACUCUAUGCACCAACCUGAUGAUGAAAAAAGACAUUUGAACAGUUCUUUUUGUUUUUUACUUUAAAUAUUUGUAGACAAAAAUGAUCUGCAGGUUUCUCCUGCUGUCUUAAAGAGAUCUGAUUGGAGGAUUGUUCUUGGAGAAGCUCCAUGCAUUAUUCUGUCAACAAGAAACCCCCUGGUCUGUGUGUUUCUGCUGCCAAGAUAUAUGUGCAAUAUUGUGCAGAAGUGGCCCAUGCAGGAGGAGACACACAAAAAUGCAAAAAUUCACGUUCAAUUAAAUGUUUUUUAAUGCUCAAAUUUUAGCCGAAAGAACAAAAUCUGCAAAAUAAAAAUCAUCUUUGUAUUUAUUUAAUUUUCUUUCUUUGAUACAGAUUUUCAUAAAGCAUCCUCAGAAUUUAAACGGUGAUAAAUUUGGAGAUGAAAAUCCUGCAAAAAUGAGACAAGUGAAUCAAACUUCUGCACAGUGCUGUUGAUGUAUAUCUGUACAUAUGAUUUCUAUAUUUAUUCAAUGAACGUGUCCUAACUGUCAACAAGUGAACAAACCUACCAAGUGGAGCGUUGUUGAGAAUCUUGUUUUCAUAAUGUUUAAUAAAAAGUUCUGUCCCAAA